AUUGAUGUGGUAGACAAUGGUUCUAUCUAUUAAGGGGGGAUGGGGGGUGCCGGAACAUGUUUGGAGACCACUACCACUGUCCUCCGUCAGAUGCCCCCCCACCCUCCCCCAUCAUCCCGAACUUCCGAUCAUCCCGACCCUCUCCCUGAAGCUGACCUCGUGUGGCUGCAUCGUGACGUCACAAUAAACAAAAGCCACCGCCGACUGCCUUUGAUGUCCCGUGAUGUCACCUCAGACCACGUGUACCGGUGUCGCCCUCGCAACCUCAGCAACAACCAAAGGCUGAAAGGACGGACACAGCAGUGGAAGUCUUUAGCGCAGCACGAUGAUGGGCGUCAACUGAUCCAAAAACCCAAAGAGCACAACACGAACACGAGUCAGAGACCCCGCCCCCGGGCUGCGGUGAGGAGGAGGAGGACGAAAGUUCCUCAGAGAAUAUCAUGGCUAUACAUCAGCAGGACACAGGAGAGAAAAAGCCCUCCGAAAAACUCCAGGAGGAAAAUGUGGCCCUGCGGAACGAGAAGGACGAACUGAAACAGAAGCUCGAGAACCAGUCCAAAGAGAACAAGGACCUCCUGGACGCCGUGCUGGACCUGCAGGACUACAAGAAGUUCCUGACGCGCAAGAACUCCUUUUCGGAGGCGGCGCGGUGCAAGGCCCAGGAGGAGAUCGACGACCUGAUGGCGAGAAACACCGCCCUGCAGGAGAAGGAGAAGAGGAUGAAACUGGAGCGAAAGCACCACAACGAGGAGGUGGCCGGCCUCCAGCUCCUGCUGGACAGGAAGCAGCGGGAGGUGGAGAACCUCAGGAAGGAGGUGUGCCACCUCCAGUACAAGGUGGAGGACGCUCAGAAGGCCCUGAGGGAGAAGGACGACGUCAUCCAGAAGUUGACCAGAGUGGAAUCCCUGGUGAAGAUCAAGGAGGAGGAGGUGCGCUACCUCACGCACCUGGUCGCUGAACUCCAGGAGAACGAAACGGUCUUGAAGGACAAGAACAAGAAGAUCCGAGACCAGCUGAGGCAAGUGGCCUCCCUGAGGCGGAAGCUGCACGAGGACAACAGUGGCAUGAAGACGGCCAUGCAGGACCUCCAGUGCCAGGUGGAGAACGGUCAGAAGAUCAUAACGCAGCAGAGCAUGGAAAACGCCUGCAACCAGAAAAUUCGGGAGAAGAGAUACCAGAUCAUAUGUGCAUUUAGUGUUAAAUUCAGAGGUGAAACGUCUCGACAUCCAUGGAGAACAAUCGCAGGAGAACCUCGGGCUCACGGGUGUCAUGAGGAGUUAGGAUUUUGAUCAACUCGUAAAAGACUGUACCUAAACACGCACUCGCGCUAACAAUGAAUCUACUGCGAAGAUGUGUAGAACGAGAAGGUUAGUAUGGGCGAUGUUCCAGGAAGUAGGUUCAUAACAUCUGUGUUGAACUCCCAUUGGUCAGU